AUGAUUGCAAUUGCACCAUCAGAACUUGAAGGUAUUCUGAUACAACAUCCCUCGGUUAAAUUAGCUGCUGUUAUUGGAAAACCUACCGAUGAAGGCGAUCUGGCAACAGCGGUUAUUGUUAAAAAAAUUGAUAACGUUACUGCUGAAGAACUUGAAGCUUUGGUUGCUGCGAAAGUCGAUGAACGAAAGAAGUUGAGAGGGGGUGUUUUAUUUAUCGAUGAAAAUGAAAUUCCUAUGACACCAACUGGUAAAGAUAUUUGUUGCCACGAGGCUAUCAUUGCUCAGAAACAACAUCGUCAGCGCGUAACUGCGAAGCUGGACAUCGUAAAAGAUAACGAUUAA